UCCAUCAAUCCUAAACCUUUUUUCUUCUUAAUUCAAAUCGAUUGACAGAAUCUGUUGAUCGGAGAUCCAAUCAAUGGAUGUAGCUAACUCACCGGAGUCUGACGAACCGGCGAUCGAAUUUCCGGUUUCUGACGGUGCGCCAUUGACUGUACCGCCGUGGCUACGUCGGAGACUCACAGAAUUAAAUGCUUAUAAUUUUCCGUCUUCCAUUGAAGAAAUUGAAGCUAAGCUUCAAAAUGCAGAUCUUCGUCGCCAGAAGUUUUAUGAGAACUUGUCUAGUAAGGCCCAGCUAAAGCGUAGGAGCUUUAAAGCUGCAGAUGACCGUAACCUUGCUCAACGUCUAGAGGCCAAGCUACAGGCUGCUGAACAGAAAAGAAUUCAGAUCCUCAAGGCGCAUAGCCAACGAAGAGCCACAUUAAGGGAGAAGACAUCUCAAUCGUUACUAAGAACAAUUUCCUUCCGUGGCAAGUAUAACCAGAAGCAUGCAACUGCUGAGAAGAACUGGUUGGAACUAGUGGAAGCUGAAAAGAAGAGAGAACAUGAUAGGUGCCUACAAGUAAAGAAGGAAGCUAAGCCUGCCUCACAAGCAAAGAGACAGAGAGCAGAUCAUCUACUGCAGAAUGUAAGCCUACAUAAUGUUGUAGGUGUUAACUGUAAUAUGAAGACUCAAAGGCAAGCUGACAAUCUGUCAAAAAAGCUGUUGAGAUGCUGGAGGAAAUUUAUAAAGCAGAGGACUACCUUAAACUUGGCAAAGAGCUACUAUGUUUUAAAUAUUAAUGCAAGUCAUGGGAAGUCAAUGCCAUUUGAGCAUUUUGCAUUUUUAAUUGACAAAUCUUCUACACUUCAGACUACAAAAGCUUUACUUGAUCGACUCGAGACCCGUUACAAAGCUCUACUGGAUGUGACAUCCGGGAAAAAUCUGGAUGACAUUAGUCACCUUCUUACACGAGUUGUUUCGCCAAAUAACAGACACGUAAAAGUAGUCUCUCCUAGAGCAAUCACCAAAACAUCUGUGAGAUUAUCAAGAUACCAACCCAGAGUUGUACUAAGUGCUUACAUGGUUUUAGAUCAUCCCGACACUGUUUUUAGUGGUCAAGGUGUGCGUGAGACUGUUUUAGUCGACUCUGCCAAGAAGUUUAUCCAAGAAUUUGAGUUGUUGGUUUGCAUAAUAUUAAAUGGGCCUUCAAAGACGUCUGGUGAAGGAUCCAAUCCUAGUCUGGCUAGACAUUGCACCUUCAGGUCUCAACUUGCUGCUUUUGAUGCAGCAUGGUGCUCCUACUUGAAUAGCUUUGUUAUAUGGAAGGUUAAGGAUGUAGAGUCCUUAGAACAAGAUUUGGUAAAGGCUGCCUGCCAGAUGGAAAUCUCUAUGAUACGAAGAUACAAGCCGGCACCUAACCAAGCUGAUAGUGCCCUUACGCAUGACAUGAAAGCUCUUCAGAAACAGAUACAGGUAACUGAACAUCAGAAACUGCUGGAGGAAAAAGUUAUGCACCUAAGUGGAGAGGCUGGCAUAGAGCGUUUGCAAGAUGCUCUUUCUGAAACACGAAAACAGUACUUUAAAUCCAAGGAGAACAGUAUGCUAGCUAUAUCACCGGUCACAAAGCCACCUUCUUGCUUGGCAACUUCUCCAUUUAUUGCUGCCCUGCAUGACGAAAGCAACAGCGUAGUUACCUCACAGUUUGGGGAUGAUGCUAGCGCACCACCAUUUGAACACCUCGGCUCUUCUGUUGCUAGCACUUCAGGUUUGGUAAACCAUUCUGGCGAGAGGCUGGGCAUGGAGAAUGUGUUAAUUGUGAAUGAAUUUUUUCAUGGGUGGCAUUAUUCUGUCGCUGACGGUUCAAAUAUUUCUGAUGAAAACCAAAAGGUACGGGGGACAAUGGAAAAAGCUUUCUGGGAUGGUAUUUCUGAAUCUAUACAACAGGAGAACUACGAUCAUGUUGUUGUUUUAAUGAAGGAAGUGAGGGACGAGCUUUUUGAGAUGUCUUCUAAGAGCGGGAAACAAGAGAUUCUUGAAGCCAUUGAUCUUGAUAUUCUUUCACAGUUGUUGGGUUCCCGUCGUUUGGACAUGCAAUAUCUUGGGACGAUCAUGGAGUUCGCAUUAGUCCGCUUGCAGAAUCUAUCAGCCGUAGCUCAUGAAAACCAACUUAAAGUAUCCUAUCAGAAGACUAUGGCAGAACUAGUUGAGUUAUGUCAUGCCGGAGAUGGAUCAAACCGUUCACUUGCAAUAGCCUUGAUAAAGGGUUUGCGAUUUGUACUAGAGCAGAUACAGGUGCUCAAGCAAGAAAUUAGCAUGGCACGUAUUAAGAUCCUUGAACCGUUACUAAAAGGACCCUCUGGUUUGGAGUACUUGGGAAAAGCUUUCACAAAGCUCUACGGUCCACCAUCAGAUGCCUUGCGUCAACUUCCAUUGACUAUGCAGUGGCUUUCAUUCGCGGGUCCUUCCAAAGAUCAGGAAUGGAGUGAACAUAAGAGAAUGCUUUUAGAGUUGGAAGAAGAUUCAUCUUUAGAAAGGCAUGCUCUUCCCUCCACUGCUCUUAGGACUGGUGGACACUUUCUUAGUAAAUCGCAAACUUCACCCAACAUGUCUCUCACUAAUACCACAGUAGAUGAUGGAUAUACAGAGUGCAAGGGAGAAAAAGGUGAUUUACUAGUGAGACUAGGCCUGGUUAAGCUGGUGAGCGAUGUUAAUGGAGUGAUACAGGAGGAGUUGCCCGAAACACUAAAACUCAACUUUCUCCGGCUGCGGUCUCUACAGAACCAACUUCAGAAGAUCAUCGUACUUGCUAUCAGUAUCUUAGUUCUUCGACAAACACUCGUGAUGGAGCAAAUGAUAUCAAGUCCUGAGGAAAUGGAAAGUACGAUGGGCACUUGCUCGAUGCAGCUUUCCCAGAUCCUAGAUACAGUUGUAGAUGCGGGCCUAGAGGAGCUUGUUGAAGUUAUGAGCAAGACAACCGAACACUUUGAUACAGCCAACGAUUUAACAAAAACUGAGUCAAGAAGGCUUGUGCUGGCAAGAAUGCUAAGAAAAAGUGUACAAGCUGAGGACCAAGUUUUUAAUAGGGUAUCACAAGCCGUUUAUAUUGCAACAAGAGGAGUUGUACUAAGUGGCAGUAUGAGCCAUGGAAGAAAGUUGGCGGAAAAGGCACUACGUCAAGUUGGUGCUGUUAUGCUGACAAAUAAGGUGACGGAAACUGCCGUGGUGUUGGGUGUCAUGGCUAGAGUGAGUAAGAAUGUACAUGGACCAUGGUAUGCUGUGUUGAUUGAAAAUAUAUGACUCGAAACCAUAAAUAUACAAAGUGUAGUUAGUGGUUUUUUUUUGCUGUAAAUUUGUCUGUCUAAAAUUCUUGUAAUCUUGUAUGGUUGACGUGUGAUUUGAUUAGUUGAUCAUCUUCAAACGAUGUCCA